AUGAAAAAUUCAGAACUUGCAGUGGGCCUUGUGUUUGCCAAUUCUUUUAUAUUUAGGAAAUCUUUGAGGCAGUUUUCAAUUGUGAGAGGAUUUGAACUGAAAUUUGAAAAAAAUGAGAGAAAAGGGGUGACUGCAUCUUGUAAGAAUAAAUGUGGGUGGAGGAUACAUGCUAGCUUACAGGGUAAGUCCACAACAUUUCAGGUGAAGACAAUUAAAGGUGAACCUCAUAGGUGUCCUAGAGGAUUUAGGAACAAGAGUGCCAACUCCACUUACCUUGCAGAGCAGUACUUGGAACAUUUUCUUGAAGACCCCUCUAUGUCUAUUAAAUCAUUCAGAAAGCUAAUGAGAAAAGAAGUGAAGGUGUAUGCACAUAGGCAAAAGCUAUACAGAGCCAAACAAAAAGCCAUUGAGAAAGCUCAUGGCAAUGUGUAUGAGCAAUACUCUAGAGUGAGGCAGUAUUGCCAUGAAAUUCUAAAAACCAAUCCUGGUUCUACUGCAGUAGUUAAGGUUCAGGGCCCUCCAAUAUACAAAGAUCCUAGAUUUCAGAGGAUUUUUGUAUUUUUUGAUGCAAUGAAAAGAGGUUUUAUAGAGGUUUGUAGACCAAUUAUAGGAUUGGAUGCUUGCUUCCUCAAGACUCCUUAUGGUGGGCAGUUGAUAGCUGUUAUAGCUAGAGAUGGGAAUAAUCAGAUGUUCCAUUUAGCUAUUGCAGUAGUUGAAAGUGAGUGCAGAGAGAGCUGGACUUGGUUUUUAAAUAUGUUGAUUCAUUAUGUAACUGGUUUUGAUCUAACCUCAUGCAACUUCAUUUAUGAUCGACAGAAGGGAUUAGUUGAGACUUUUCAAUCCAUUAUGCCAAACACAGAUCACAGAUUUUGUGUAAGGCACCUGUAUGCAAACUUCAAGCUGAAGUUUAAGGAUAAGGCACUGAAAGACCUGAUGUGGAGUGCAGCAAGGGCUUAUUUGGAGGAAGAAUUCAAUAAGAAAAUUGAUGAGAUCAAAGACUUAUCAAAUGAGGCUUAUGUUUGGUUAAAGAAAAUCCCAACCAACUUGUGGUGCAAGCAUGCUAUCUCAGCAAGGCCAAAGUGUGAUCUGUUGAACAACAACUUGUGUGAAUCCUUUAACAGCUACAUCAAGGAAGCUAGAGAACUGCCCAUUCUUACAAUGAUGGAGGCUUUGAGGAGACAAUUUAUGUGCAGAAUUCAGAGUAAAAGACAAUGGAUAGAGAAAUGCACUACCAAAAUUUGUCCUAGGAUACAAGAUAAAUUGAACAGUAUCAAAGACAAGGCACUUGAGUUUGAAUGUCAUAUGGCAAAUGAGGGGCUGUGGGAAGUGACAUUAGGAAAUAAGGGUUGGGUUGUGGACUUUAGAAAAAAGUCAUGCAGUUGUAAGGAAUGGGACAUGACAGGAAUACCAUGUACACAUGCCACUUGUGCACUUAUGUCUGAGCACAAAGAUAUAGAGGAUUAUGUGAGCCCUUAUUUCUCUGUUGAUAACUACAAGAAAUCUUACAGUUAUACUUUGACUCAUCUGCCAGACCAUUCACAAUGGUCAAUUCCAUCAACACAAGCUGAAUCACUGCCAAUCUUGCCACCUCCAUUCAAAAAACAGACUGGCAGACCAAGAAAAAUGAGAAAGAGAGGAUAUGAUGAAAUCAGUGUUGGAGGCACAGUGACAAGACAAGGAACUGUGCAAACAUUCUCAAAUUGUGGUGAUAUCACUCACAACAAAAGAAGGUGCAAGAAGCCUCCUUCACAAAAAUCAAGAAGUGCUGAAAGACCAAAUAAUGUAGAAAGGCCAAGAAAAAGAACUAAGGCACCUUCAUCUUCUGUUAGUGCAACCACUUCAACCCCACAUCAUACAAGAACAACUGUUGCAGGACAAUCCUCUACACCAAUACAAUCCUCUACACUAACUGGUCCUUCUACACAAUCCUCUACACCAGCUGGUCCUUCUACACAACCUGUUAGAGGACAAGGUAGCAAAAGACAUGGACAAAAAAACAAGAAACCUAGCAAAAAAAGUGGUCCCCAUGCUGGAAUUGGUAAUUGGAAUGGGGUGGGAAUGUUCAGACCUCCUAUGCAGGUAUUUUUCUCUCAUCAUAAAUAA